UACGAAUUACAACAAUACAAUCAGUAACUCAGUUUCAGUUAUCACUCAUAUAUUGUUGUAUUAAUUUCGUUUCAGAGUUAAAUAAUUCAAAUGUACAAUUUACUUUAUCAAAAUUAAUUGUGUAUAUCCUAUUUUCGUCUAUUUUAAUUUUGUUCAAAAGAUUUUAAUACAAUAAAUGAUUUAAAAAUAUAAAAUAAUGAAGAAGGCAUCUUUUGGAAGACGUUCGUCAGCAGCUGGACGAAAUACUUUUGGUGGUUCCACAUUUGGAAGACAAAAUUCAUUUGAUGGCAAUGAUAUGAGAUUGAGUCGUCGAGAAAGUCGUGGUAUGGAAAAAAAAUCAAUGCUUUUGAAACCUGGAUUUUCAGCAAAAAAAAAAUCUGCCUCAUCAGAAAAUUUAUCUGCACAUGAUCCAAAGUUAUGGUUAUCAACAGUGAAGAAACCAGCCAAUCAACAGAGAAAUACUUUAGUUCGUUCAACUACAUCCAUGAAUAUUACUGGUAUUAAUUUAGUUGCGUCUACACCAUGUGUUACACCGGGACUUAAUCCAAAUUUACCUGGAAUAAAUUCUAGUUACAAGAAUCGAAGGUUGAGCUCAGAAUCACGUUAUAGUAAUUAUGGUGGAGUAGUUAAGAAUAGAAAAGAAGUGCGACCAUUGACUGAAAAAGAUUUUCAACAAACAGCUAUACAUAAAAUUCAAAACUAUUUUUUGACUGCUCCUAAUGCAACUCACAUUCUGAAUAAUGGUAGUAUGAAGCCAAUGACAACUACUAUGUUUACUGAUAUGUGCGAGUAUUUAUUACAUAAGCUUGACAGAAAUCAAGUAUUAAAUAAAAGUAAAUACAUGGAAGAAUUACCCAAAAUUAUGAAAAAGUACUAUUAUAAAGGAAAAGUGGAUAAAUCAUGGCUUAUUACCGUUAAUGCUAGCCAUUCCUUUCCACAAGUAGUUGGUUUACUUCUUUGGUUAGUAGAGUUAUGUGAAACUCAAAAUCGAUUUAAUGUUAUGGAUACAUUGUAUCCAACAAUGCUCGAUCCGGAUUUGUCUGAAGAUGAAGAUUAUGAACAAACAGUUGAAUUUAAGAUGUAUUUGCCGUUUUUAUUAAAUUCAUAUCAAGUUGAGAGUAGAGGAUCUGGUAAACCAGCAGAUCAAGAAUUCCUCAAGAAACAAGAAGAGCUCUUGUUGGAAAAUUAUAAAAAUACACUUGGUAUUGAUGAGGAAGCAUUGAUAAAAUUGGAGGAAGAACUAAAUCAUCAUAAAGAAGAGCUAGAUUUACUAAAUGACCUUACUGAAGAACAAAAAUUGGAGGAAAUGAAAGCUAUGAAAGUUGCAUUACAAAAAGAUAUUGCAAACUCAAAAAAAUAUAUCAAAGAUUUACAAACAUGUCAUGGAGAAGUACAGGAAUAUAUUUCAAAGAAAAAAGAUGAACGUGUUUUUCAAGAAAAAGAUAUUGAAAACUUACAAAGGGAAUUGAAUGUAGUCAAUAGUUGUAUAAAUGGUCAACAAAUUACUCAAGACGAUAAGAAAAUUAUUGAAGAAGAUAUUAUUACUCUGAAACAAGACAUACAAUAUGAAUCAAAUUGUUUAGAAGAAUACUCAAAUAUAGUAUAUUCUGAAGAUUUAAAUGUUGUUGACGUUAGAUUAAAACUGGAUAAAUUAUUUGUACAGUACAAUAAAAUGUGUGCUGAAAAUAUUGUUGUAUUACCUGAACUUGAAAAUGCAAUAGCCGAUAAAAAUGUACUUGCUGUACACAUAAGAGAAUCUUUAAAAGAAGUGGAUGAAUUAUUGAAAAGUUUAAAAAACAAGAAUGUUGAAAAACUGAAAGAAGUUGAACACAAAAUUGCUUCUAUACGAAUAGAACUAGAUUCAGCAGAGCUGGAGUAUAACAAAUUAAAGAAAAUAGCUGAAAAAUUGGAUCCCGAACGUGAAGCUGAUAAAAAACGUUUGUUAGAAAUAACUGAUCGUCAGUUUGAGGCAAAACAAGAGCAUGAAAAUAAGUUGUAUGAGAUUCAAGCUGAAAUAAAAAGUAUUAAUCUCGAUAACACUGAGGUUAAAGUCAAAACAGAAGAAAAAAAUAACUUAUGUCAGCAGAUUAGUGAAAUGGAGGAAGAAAAGAAAUACAUUUAUACAAAAACCUUUAACUCUUUGAAAAAACAUGGGGAACUCAUUGAGGAAACCAAAGAGUUAGUUAAGAAACUUAGUGACCAGCAAUUACAGGAUAUACAAUCUAUUAAAAGCAGUUAUAUCCAAAAAUUAAAUUUAUAAUUUGUAUGCUUUAGAAUACUUUUGUAAAUUUUUAUAGCUUAAUAAUAUACUUUAUGAAUUAAUUUAAUUUUAUAAU